AUGUUAACACUACCAUUUGAUGAGUCUGUUGUAAUGCCAGAAUCCCAGAUGUGUAGAAAGUUUCCCAGAGAAAGUGAUGACCAAAAGCAAAUGAAGAACCCGGAAAGCUUUUCAAAGCAGAUCAUCCUCCGAGGAAAGAAUAUUAAAAGGUCUCCUGGAGAAGACACAGAAAAAGAAGAGGAGGAGGAAGAGAGAGAGGAGGAGGAUGAGAAUGGCUUGCCAAGGCGAAGGGGCCUUAGGAAAAAAAAGACGAGCAAGAUAAGGAUGGAAAGGAUUAAAUUCAGACGUCAAGAAGCCAAUGCUAGAGAGAGGAACCGUAUGCACGGCCUAAAUGACGCUCUGGAUAAUUUAAGGAAAGUCGUCCCUUGUUAUUCUAAAACACAAAAACUGUCCAAAAUAGAAACUUUAAGACUAGCCAAGAACUAUAUUUGGGCUCUUUCUGAAAUACUGCGAAUUGGGAAGAGACCUGACCUGCUCACCUUUGUUCAAAACUUGUGCAAGGGUCUGUCCCAGCCAACUACAAACUUGGUGGCAGGAUGCCUGCAGCUGAAUGCCAGAAGUUUCCUAAUGGGCCAGGCAGGUGAAGGUGCCCAUCAUACCCGCACACCCUACUCCACCUUCUAUCCUCCCUACCACAGCCCGGAGCUUGGCACCCCCCCAGGGCAUGGGACUCUUGACAACUCUAAGUCCAUGAAACCAUACAAUUACUGCAGCGCUUACGAGUCCUUCUAUGAAAGCACUUCCCCUGAGUGCGCCAGCCCACAGUUUGAAGGUCCCUUAAGUCCUCCCGCAAUUAACUAUAAUGGGAUAUUUUCCCUGAAGCAAGAGGAAAGCUUGGACUAUGGCAAAAAUUACAAUUACGGCAUGCAUUACUGUGCAGUGCCACCCAGGGGUCCCCUUGGGCAGAGCUCGAUGUUCAGGUUGCCUACAGAGAGCCACUUCCCUUACGACUUACAUCUGCGCAGCCAGUCUCUCACCAUGCAAGAUGAAUUGAAUGCAGUUUUUCAUAAUUAA